UGACAGUCAUGUGACUCUUGAAUUGUGAGUAUAAAGAAAAGCAGCUUCAGGUCUCCUUUGUGCUCUGAAUGUUCGUGAAGCAGCGCAAACCUUCGACACACCUGUUCACGAGCAAACCUUCCAGGACAUGAACUCUACGGCGAGCUGUGUUGAAAUCCAGUUUAUCAGACGGAGUUCGUGCUGAGCUGCUCUCCGUGUCUUUGUUAUCCGGCUCCAUGAGUUCGCUUCUCGCAGCCAUAAAGAUGCUGCAGAUGGGGAUCCUGGUCCUGGCUCUGCUGGGUCUCAGCUCUGCUCGGAUCUGUCCGGACGGAGACAUGUGUGUGAACAGUAACACCUGCUGCAGGAACUCCACGGGAGGGUACGGAUGCUGCCCGCUGCCUUAUGCGGAGUGUUGUUCCGACCACGUCCACUGCUGCUAUGAGAGGACGGUCUGUGAUCUCGUCCACAGCAAGUGUGUGAAUAAGACGGUUUCUUUGCCCUGGAUGAGACGCCUUCCCACCAGACCGGCUCUGCGCCUUCAGCUCGAGGAGACGGUGAAAGCGGUCAUUUGUCCGGACCAAGAGUCCGAGUGUCCGGACGGCACCACCUGCUGCCAGCUUCUCGACAGCUCGUGGGGCUGCUGUCCGUUAGCUAAGGCGGUGUGUUGUGAGGAUAAACUCCACUGUUGCCCCGGGGGAACAAAGUGCGACGUUGCUCACUCGAAGUGUGUGUCGUCCUCACUGGAGUCCUUCCCCAUGCUGGAGAAACUACCUGCCAGGAGGAGGGACAAUACUUCAGCUCCUCCGGUGGGUUCCGUGUCGUGUCCUGGAGGAAGAAGCAGCUGCCCAGACAGUUGUACAUGUUGCCUCCUCAGCAGCGGAGACUACGGCUGCUGCCCUUACACACAGGCCAUGUGCUGCAGCGAUCACCUCCACUGUUGCCCGAGCGGCACGAUCUGUGACUUGGAGCACGGUGUCUGUAGGUCCGGUGAGCCCAGCGCACCACUGAAGAAGACCGCUGCCGAGCCCGAUGACGUUAAGUGUCCAGACGAGAAAUCGGCUUGUCUGGAUCAGACGACGUGCUGCAAGAUGACCGACGACACGUAUGGCUGCUGUCCUAUGCCCAACGCCAUCUGCUGUUCAGAUCACAUCCACUGUUGUCCUGAAGGCACCAAGUGUGACGUCGUCCACGGCGCCUGUGUGUCGGCCCACGGAGAGACGACCACGAAGACCCCCGCGGCUGUGACGACGCCGGUGGAGGUUCAGCGCAGAGUUGGAGCCGUUCCGUGUGACCGCUCGGUGGCCUGCGCCGACGGAAACACCUGCUGCAAGUCGUCAGAGGGAGAAUGGGCCUGUUGUCCUCUACCUAAGGCCGUGUGUUGUGAGGACCACCAGCACUGCUGUCCUCACGGCACAGUUUGUGACCUUGCGGCCUCCACGUGCGUCGACCCCUCGGGCGUGGCGUGGCUGUGGCUCAGCAAAGUGCCCGCCUUCCCUUUACCGACCGGUAACGCCAAGUGUGACGAGUCCACGUCGUGCCCCGGAAAAUCCACCUGCUGCAGGACGGAGAGUGGAGGCUGGGCCUGCUGUCCUCUGCCUCAGGCCGUGUGCUGCGACGACCACCUCCACUGCUGCCCUCACGAUACCGUCUGUAACCUGGAGGCUGAGACCUGUGACGACCCGUCGGGGGUCUUACCUUCACUCCGCUGGGUGGCGAAAGAGUCCGCUCUGACCUCAGAGGCUGAGAAGGAGCCGAGUCGGGCCGUUUCCGGUCCACCUCAGCCAGCCAGGAACAUGUGUGACGCCCAAACCAGCUGCCCCAGAGACACCACCUGCUGCUUCAUGGACAAGACCCACCAAUGGGGCUGCUGCCCUCUGCCCAAGGCGGUGUGUUGCGACGAUGGAAACCACUGCUGCCCCAGCGGUCACACCUGUGAACCUCACCGUGCCUCCUGCUCAAAGGGACCCCACGUCGUGGUGCCCUGGUCCUCCAAACUCGACGCCAUGAGCGAGGCUUCCAGCGCCGUCGCGGACGUCAAGUGUGACGACAAGAGCAGCUGCGCUUCAGGGACGACCUGCUGUAAGCUGCAGACGGGGGAGUGGGGCUGCUGCCCGCUGGUCAAGGCCGUCUGCUGUGCCGACCAGGAGCACUGCUGUCCUCAGGGCUACAGCUGCAACAUGCAGACCGGCACGUGUGAGAAGAAGAACCCCAACGCUCUCACCAUCACCCUCCCUCGGGUCAAAGUGGUACGGUCCGAGCUCGGAGACGACGAGGACGUACCGUGUGACGUAACGGGGAAGUUCCACUGCCCGAAGCGGGACACGUGCUGCAAGGUGUCGGCCUCCGAGUGGGCCUGCUGCCCCUCAGCCCGGGCGGUCUGCUGCUCCGACUCGCAGCGCUGCUGUCCUGUUGGGUACUCGUGUGACCUGAAGGCUGCAGGCUGCUCUCUGCUCCCCCAGCUGACCUGGGACUCUCUGAUCGGGGACAGAAGGAAAGACUUUGUCCCACGAGGGCUUUAAUCCCCCUAAAAGGUGCACCGAUUCCAUCUUUUGAUCCAUAACACCCUCCGUGCUGUCUGUGGACGGCACUUCCUGUUUGACGUGUCCUUCAGGGGAGUGACGAUGAAGACGUGACGAUGAUGUAGAAGCACUUUGAUCUGCUGGUUCUGUUAUUUCAACAUGUGUGCAGGAGUUUGUUUCUCAUCAUGAUCACACUUGUUGUAGAUGAUGAGUGACGAUGUUGGUGUUGCUCCAUAUUUCUCUUAUUUUCAACAAAUCCCGUUUAAAGACCAAAACCAUCAAUGUGUUCAUUUGUCUCAAUAGUUUCAAACCCCUGGAAGGUAAAGAUGGACAUCGAGCUUCUCUUUGACUGUUUACAGGUUCUGCAAAAAUAAACUUCAUUUCAUUUAGUUUUUACUAACUAGAUAGAAUGCAGAUAACUGUCACCUUGAUGAUCUUUAAAAACAGACUUGUUGUUGGAAAAACAUUCAAGGUAAAUAAAGUUGUAUAAUUUUAUUA